UUCCCCGCAACCCCUGUCCUCUGUCGACCCAAUCUCACAUCGAUCACCCGGCGCCUCGUCCUCCUCUCCAGAUCAGAUCUUACGCCCGCCCGCCCGAGCUGGUAGCAGCAACUCUUCUGCUGCAGCCUUCUUCGCCGCCAAAAGGAAAUGAUGCUCUACCAAAUCCACUCCCAUGCCCAAAUCCAAGACCUGCAGGCCCGCUCCGAUGAGCUGGGCCACUCCAAUAAGUCCAUGCUUGUGAGUCUUGUCUCUCUGGAGUCGGUGCGCAUAGCGUGCGAGUCGUAUGCACUCCUCCGCCCGCUGAUCAUGGAGUCGUGGUGGGUAUGCCCGCAGCUGGAAAUCCUCUCGGACGUGGCAGGCUUGUCGCUGGAAAUCCAAAAGCUCGAGCAUGAUGUGUUACCCCAGCUCAUGGUUCAGGAGGCCAAGCUGGAACGGGACGCCCUGGAAGCCUUCCUACUCAUGAAGAACUCAGCUGUUGCGCUCUUACAUAUGAGGAAGAGCUUUAAGGAAGCCUUGGGCGUAUUGCUUCGCGAGGAUUAUCUGGUCACAGCCAAAGUCAAAAAGCUGAGCAAAAUGCUAAAGGAUAUUGCUGUUCAUGUACUCAAAGGUAAAUGCAACAUUGUCUGGCUUCAGGAGCGUGUCCCGUUGCUGGUCCAGCUGGUCACCGAUGUGUUGGAGACCCCGGUUCAUUUCUGUGAUUCUGAUGAGUCUUCUGAUGAGUCUUCUGAUGAGUAUUCUGAUGAGUAGACUUAUCAGCCAGCUCGAGGCUGUUGUGAUGAGUAUUUCUUAGGGGCGUGGCAAACAGUUUAGAAUCAAAUGUUGCGAUGUAUUUCUUGGAACCUCCUUUAUGUUUGGAUGUGUUAUUAAUGGAUUUUAAAUGAUAUGUA